GCACACACAUAGUCUCCAUUAGUACUACUGGGAAGUAUCUUCAUGAAGAGGAGAGCAAACUUUUAAGUGCAUUUAGGAAAUUCUUUGAAGAAACGACAGUGAAAGUACAAGGGAAUGACAUCUCCCACAAGCUGCAGAUUUCAAAAGUGAGGAAAAAGGAUGAAGGCUUGUAUGAGUGCAGGGUGACCGAUGCCAACUAUGGAGACCUUCAGGAAUACAAGGCCCAGGCAUUUCUCAAAGUCAACGUUAACAGCCAUUCUCGGCGAAUGCAAGCCUUUGAGGCAUCUCCAAUGUGGUUGCAAGACAUGAAACCUCGCAAAAACAUCUCAGCAGCUGUUCCAAGUAGCAUCCAUAACUCUGCCAAUCAGCGUGUGCGUGCCACCUCCAGCCCUGAAGCAGCAGCCAAAAUCCCCAAACAAAGUCCACAAUCAGGUGCGAGGAUAGCUACAAGCCAUGGACUUUCUGUCCUGCUUCUUGUUUGUGGCUUUGUGAAGGGUGCUUUGCUUUAAUCUAAAAGUGCUGACUUUUUCCAAUAUCACUUUCUCUUCUUAAAGCAAAGAGCAAAUCGCCUGUAAAAUCCACGGAGCGGACAGCAAAGUUGACCCUAACCUCCAACCACCACUCUGCACCCAAUGUACUCUAAAUCUCUACACAAGGAGCACCUUCUUCAGGAAGUACAAACAAAAAUACUAAAUAAAUAAAAUAAAUAAAUAAAUAUUCUAAAAAGAAGAGGAUACCACAUGUUUUCUUGAUAUAUCUUAUUUUCUUUGGCGUAUCAUUGAUCUUUUACUUGAAGAGAACUGGUGUGAUGUAAUCAAACGUUUUGUAACAGCAAGACCUAGUUUCCUUUUCUUUCGGCAAGGAGAAGCCUCAUCCUUGACUUCUCAGGGGUUGGCCUGCGAGUCAUCAGUAUGACAGAAUUAACCAUGGAUGACAUUUGGUUCCUACGCUGAAAGAACCGUUCCAGCCUGGAAGCAAACAGAGGCCAAAUAAUGAAACAAAACACAGUGAUUUAACAUCAACCCCAAUAAAACACCCCACAAAAUUUAUCAAA